ACACCCAAAACCCCCCCGCCGAUACGAGGGAGGAAGAGAAGAUUUGUCAACGCCUGACUGACUGAAAGAAAAGCUCCGGCGAUAAUGGCGUGGAUGCAAAUGAUACAGAGCGCGAGAUCUCUUCUAAGGACAACACAACCUUCCUCCACUCUAAACCUCCCCAGAUUCUAUUCCAAACCACCUCCUUACGCCGUGAAGGUUGGGAUCCCAGAGUUCUUGAGUGGGAUUGGGGGAGGAGUCGAGGCUCAUAUUGCCAAACUCGAAACUGAGAUCGGUGAUCUUUCGAAACUGCUUGUGACUCGUACCCUCAGGCUCAAGAAGCAUGGCGUCCCUUGCAAACAUAGGAAGCUGAUACUGAAGUAUAGCCAUAAGUACAGGCUAGGGCUAUGGAAACCUAGAGCUGACGCUAUAAAGGCCUGAGAUUAGUUCCCCUCUCCUCUGUCGAAUAUGUUGUCAUGCGUUGUUUUGUUUUCAGAGUGAGUGGUCUUAGGCAUAUCAACGUUGCCAAUUACUUGAAACUCAGUCUUUUUUUUUUCUGCAUUCAUGUCCUUGUUGUCUCCAUGGGUCUGGAAACGUUAAAGCCAGGCUUGGAAAUCAUAUGAAGGAGUAGGUUUUUGAAGUGGUGAAUGUUUUGUAUUGGCGUUCUCUUUUUUUUUUUUCCUUUUUUUGUUGUCUGGGAUUUGUUGAUCACCUGCUAUGGCUACAAAACUACGUGAACAUAGAUGUUUGUUUCAGUUAAA